CUGGUGCAAUCCUUUUCAUCCGCGAACCCCAUUCGCUUCCCUGCUCUCUCCUGGCGCAAUCCUCUCUCGUGAAUCGCGUCUGCUUCCCUGCUCUCUCCUGGCGCAUCAGAUCUAGAUCAUGUAGGUCGUUUCCUAGGGCGCCAAGCCGGAGCCCGACGGCUAUGGCGCUGCGUGGGAGAGAUGCAAGGCGGUUAAGCGGGCCAUGAGGAGGACGCAGGCGAGGAGUAUGGCGGCCCCGUCAUUCGCGCCAAACGGACGAGGAUGGGUGGCUCCUGCAGCAGCCGCGACGGCGAGCAGGGCCAGCGCCGCCACGCUGAUCCCCGGGGCACACCGCCCCUGCCACAUCACCUACGCAGCCCACGCGCAACCAGGUCUCCUCGACCCAGAUCUCUGCCCCAGGAGUGGAGGCGACGCCGUAAGCGCCCCAAUGCGGCGAGCGGCAAUGGCCGGUGCGUGCGCGGACGUCGACGCCGCCGCCUGGGCUCCGGGCGGCGAGGCGCGGGAUCUGCGGCUAGGGUUUUGGCGCGCAGGAGGAUUCGGGAGUUGCUUCGGCGCGAGGGAGUGGGAACGAAUAGGGAGAGCUGGAGCAGCGGGGCGACGACCGAUGAGGUUGGAACUCAGAAGGGGGAGGGAAAAAAAUCGAGGGGAGCAGAGCACGCACGGACGAGGAUGGGCGGGGACGGGGAUAAGAUAUGGUUCCAUCGAUCCAUUGCAGGGACAGUGCAAGCGGCCGGGUCCGGCGACGGAGACGAAGCCGAGGAAGAGAAGGCCUUCUUGGUGCCGAGCGCCGCGGCCUUCCCCCACGGCAUGUCCGCCGCCGCCGCUGGCCCGUCGCUGGCCGUGGCCAAGAAAGAGGAGUUCAGCAAGUCGCCGUCCAACUCGCCGGCCUCAUCGGGUGGCACGGACGGUGGCUCGUCGGCUGUCCCGUGGCCGGAGCAGAUCCACGCGCAGAACAGCAGCCCGACGCUGUUAGAACCGAGUCGCCAAGCCAUCCCUCUGGAGUUCAAAUCGAUGGCCGGUUGCUUCUUCAGGCUAGCAGAAUUUUACCAAGACCCAGAGUUCGGCAUGUUGUGGCAAUGGAAAGGGCUGGCGUUGGCUUCAGAGAACCAAUCUGCAUGACGUUGAUUCUAUCACCCAUAUCCUUGACGACCAAAUGGAGGUCCCAAAAAAUUGAGCAACCAAGCAAGGGCUGUCUGACUCUGUCAAAGGCCCAGCAGAGAUUGUUCACACAAAGUAAGCGAGCGAACCGAAGAAGGGAAGGACAAUAUAGUCACGUCACGUGUUAAGUAAAAAGGAAAAACAUAAAAAUAAUUAAAAAAAAGGUUAGAGUACUGUUUUGGAGGACCAAAUCACUUAUAAAUACUAUUAGACAGAAGGUUAACUUGUGAGUAUUAUAAUGAGAAGCCUGUUAAAAGGAGUACCAUAAUAGCAAAAAAACUCCUCUGGAGCAUCGACCGACUCUCCACCUGAGGACCGCCAGCUCCUUCCUCCGCCUCGACAAGCGUUGGAGAGAUGGUGAAGAGAAGCAAGAAGAGCAAGAGCAAGCGCGUCACGUUGCGGCAGAAGCACAAGGUGCUGCGCAAGGUGAAGGAGCAUGACAUGGAAAAAAUGGUUACAAAGGCUGAUCCAAGUAAACGGAUUGUACUACUUCACAACAAGAUAGAUCUUGUUCCUAAGGAAGCGGUAGAGAAGUGGCUUACAUAUCUGAGAGAAGAAAUGCCAACAAUUGCGUUUAAGUGUAAUACCCAAGAGCAGCGGACCAAGCCGGGAUGGAAAUCUUCAAAACUAGAUAAAACAAACAGCAUCCCACAAAGUAGUGAUUGCCUUGGUGCUGAGAAUCUAAUUAGAUUGCUCAAGAAAUAUUCCAGAAGCCACGAGCUCAAACUGGCAAUUACGGUGGGUAUUGUUGGACUCCCUAAUGUUGGCAAGAGCAGUCUGAUCAACAGCCUGAAGAGGUCCCGAGUGGUUAAUGUCGGUUCCACUCCAGGGGUUACUAGAUCAAUGCAAGAAGUUCAAUUAGACAAGAAGGUAAAGUUGUUGGAUUGUCCUGGUGUUGUUAUGCUCAAAUCUUCCAACAGGUGUGUGUCUGUGUUCCAGAUCAGUGAUCCUGCGCCGUGGUGAUCGCGGCCAUCGUUCGCCGAUGGUCUGCGUCGUCUUCACUCGUCAGGGAACCGGCUGUGACGGCUUGGUUCUAACAGGCGCCGAUGGAGGCCAUGGAGCUCGUCGUCGCGCUCACCGCCUGCGCCGACUCCGUCGCAGCCUGCAACCACGACGUCGCCAACUACUACCUCGUGCGGCUGGGCGAGAUGGCCUCCCCCGCGGGGCCCACGCUGAUGCACCGCGUGGCCGCCUACUUCGUGGAGGUGCUCACGCUGCGCAUGGUGCGCAUGUGGCCCAGUCGAGAUCUGGUCAUUAGAUUCAAUAGUGUGGUACUGGUGGCAUGUGGCCCAGCCGAGAUCUGACAGUUCUUAGAAAAAUUCAGCUUUCAUUUCCAAUCGUUACAGCUUUAAACUAUUAUGAUCGUUACUUUUUCAUUGGCAUUAUUACUUGAGAAACCAUUCAAAACAUCCACUUUGCUUUUGAUAACCAUGAAUUUGUAGGUUCAUGCAAAAGCAUUUAAGUUUGCUAAGUUGCAUUCUAAGAACAUGUAUCAAUAAUGAUUGGAAAUGAAAGCUGAAUUUUUUACCGGCGAGAGGCUACUGGAGUUUGCACCUGGUGGUGUGAGCUGCGCACCACCUCCUUCAUAGGCAGAUGUCAUCUAUAUGGAAGCGGCAGGAGGUGGAAGCACUAUAUAUGACACCUCUAUCGCUCUUGUUGAUUGCUGGGGUCAACAUGUGCCGCUGCUGCACUUGGUGGGCCUAGGGAAUUCUAGGACUCUGGGCUGGUUUGGUGGGUAGUGAAAUUUAAAUAGCAAGUGAUUUUCUCUCUGGAUCUCAUCUAUUUUCUUGUCCACCGAACCAGCCUUAAGAUUUGUUCUGUCUGGAUAGCACAAAAAUUGUCCA